AUGAUCUUGACCAAGGAUUGUAGUGCCAUAAUUCAUAACAACUUGUCAAAGAAGAUGCCAGACCCAAUAAACUUUCAGAUUUCAUGCACCACCAGGAGCACAACCUUUGAGAAAGCGCUGUGUGAUAUUGGUACAGGCAUCAAUUUGAUGCCCUUAUCCGUAAUGAAAAAGCUCAUAAUUCAAGAGGCACAACCAACAAGGAUAGCACUACAAAUGGCAGACAAGUCUCUAAAACAGGCACAUGGAAUAAUAGAAAAUGUCUUGGUUAAGAUUACAGAACUUUUUCUCCCUACAGAUUUCGUGAUUCUUGACAUGGGAAAAGAUGCAAAAAAUUUUAUGAUCCUUGGAAGGCCAUUCCUAGCCACUGGGAGAGCUCAGAUUGAUGUUGACAAAGGAGAAUUAGUUAUGAGGAUGCAUGAAGACUAUUUGGUGUUCAAUGUUUUUAAACCUUCAUCACUCUCUGGAGAAGGAGGUACCUACAUGUAG